AUGAGCGCGAGCCCAAAUGGCAGCCCUACGUCCCCCGACCUGGCCAAGGAUCUUCUCCUACGUCCCGAAGACCGCAACGGCGUGAGCGACCACCUCCCACCAAACUAUCCUACUACUAUCUCCGCGUGGAGGAGCGCCCAGAUCGCCGGGGAUGGCCUCGAGCGGCUCUGUUCCCUCGUGGCCGGGCAGAGACACGCAAACUCUGUCACACAAGCGUGUGUCUCCCUAGCCACAGAUGAGCACAUAAGAGAGCAAUGGCAAGCUCUAGACUCCCAGCAUGACCUCCCCUUACACGGCGUCCCCUUUGCCGUGGAUGAAAACAUGGGAGCCAGGGGAUCCAACCUCGGCCCAGAAACUACAGAGCUUGCAACUACCCUCACCGGCAGCGAUUCUCCAGUGGUGGCCAGGCUGAAGGCGCAAGGCGCCAUCUUGAUUGGGAAGAUCAAAAUGGACCUGCAGGAGACGAGGUCGGUCGUUUCUUGCCGCCCAGACGACUCUGCGCCAAAUGCCAACUUGAAAUAUGUGAGCGCAGGAUCGGGGAGUGCCAUGGUGGUGGCCCUCGGCGUGGUCCCAUUCGCCUUGGACGCCGACACGGACGUCUCAGGGCGAAUGCCUGCGGCCCUCAUCAACACUGGCAUAUAUGGAUUGAGGGCUACAAAGGGAGCUAUCAGAAUACGAGAUGGGGACCAGGCCUGCGAGUCCCUCGAUUCUGUCUGCAUCUUCACCACGACAGCGGAUGACGCCGAGACGAUCAUGUCUCUUGUUGAAGACCGAGACGCCCCCUCCGGAAAUAUGCCCAUCUCUAUCCCGAGCAGUGACGAUUUAGAUGACUUCGGCUCUGCUGCACUGGACAGCUUACCACCAUAUCUGGCUGUGGCCGAUCAACUCAGCUGGUUCGGCAAGAGGAGUCAUUCGGCUGCUUACGCGGCAGCGCUGCAGGAGGCCAGGCGUCUGGGAUGGCACCUCGUGCCCCGAGAUCUCAGCAGCCUGUUCGAGCUCGGAAGGCGGCUGGCUGACGGAGCCUCAACCGCCGACGCCCUCGCCGACGACGACCUCCGCCAGAGCCUCAAAGAGAUCCUCACGCAGCUGCAAAGCUUCCAUGGAAUUCUCCUGCCCACGAUUGCGACGCCCGAGCAGGUCGUACAAGACCCCACCCGACAGGGCUCCAAGCUGGGCACCUACACGGGCUUCGUCAAUCUCCUCAAUUGCUGCGCCAUCACCUUUCCCGCAGGGUUCCGGCAGGACAACCUCCCCUUCGGGCUGACGUUGAUAUCGAGCCAGGGGCAGGAGCACAAAUUGCUACGGAUCACCCGCCAAUGGGUUGCCGGCGAGUCGCGCCCUUCCGGGGCCACUUACUCUUACCUCACGACAACAGCACCAGGGCCAACGACACGUAAAAACGCUACUCCAUUACCUAAGAGCAACGUAGAGCUUGCAGUCGUCGGUGUGCGCCUGACCGGGAGCGCCCUCGGCCGGGACCUGGCCUCCCGGGGCGCAAAGUUGGACCGCGUGACCACGACGGCAGCGUCGUACCGCCUCUAUACCUUGGACCAUUUUGUCUAUCCCGCUGGUCUGGGGCGGAUGGGUCCUGGAGAGACGACCAAUGGUGGCCGGGAGGUCGACCUCGAGAUUUGGAGUCUCCCCAACUCGGCCCGCGACAGCCUCGCGACGAGCAUCGGCCCUCCUCUGGCCCUGGGCUCCAUUGAGCUCAAGGACGGCGGCUCGGCCUGCGGGUUUGUAUGUGAGGCGCGGGACCCUGCCGGAGCCACCGAGAUCACAGACCUGCGCGCCUGGGAGGCCCAGAUGGCGAAACAGCCCGCAGAGCCGCCCCCGAGGCGGCGCAUCGCCCGGGUGCUCAUCGCCAACCGCGGCGAGAUCGCCGUGCGCAUCAUCAGGACGCUGCGGAGGAUGGAGAUCGAGGCCGUGGCCGUCUACUCGGACGCCGACGCCGACACGGCCCACGUGCGGGAUGCAGACGUCGCGCUGCGGCUCCCGGGGGCCACCGCCGCCGAGACAUACCUCAACGCCGACCGGAUCCUGGCGCUGGCCAGGUCGGCGUCUGCUGAUGCCAUCAUCCCCGGCUACGGGUUCCUGGCCGAGAACGCCGGUUUCGCCCGCAGGGUCGAGGCCGAGGGCAUGCUGUGGAUCGGCCCGUCACCCCCGCAGAUGUCCAAGCUGGGCCUCAAGCAUACCGCCCGGAAGAUAGCCGCCGCGCUCGGCAUCCCGGUGAUCCCCGGGGGCUGGCCGGUCAGAUCUGUGGAGGAGGCACUGGACAGGGCCCGGGAGGUUGGUUUCCCGCUCAUGCUCAAGAGCAGUGCUGGAGGGGGCGGCAUCGGGCUCAGACGCUGUGACGAGGCCAGUGAGCUUGAGGAGGCCAUGCAGAGCGUGCAACGGCUCGCGGAAACAAACUUCGGCAACGGCUGUGUCAUCCUGGAGCGCUUCAUCACAAGGGCCCGCCACGUCGAGGUCCAGAUACUCGGAAACGGCAGUGGCCGGGUCAUAACAGCUGGCGAGAGGGACUGCUCCCUGCAGCGGCGUUACCAGAAGGUGGUGGAGGAGAGUCCUGCCCUGAUGGUCCCGGACGAGGCGAGACUGCGGAUGAGGGAUGCCGCCGUCCGGCUCGUCUCGGCGCUGCACUAUCGAACCGUCGGCACCGUCGAGUUUCUCUACGACAUGGACACGCAGGGCUUCUACUUCCUCGAGGUAAACACCAGGCUGCAGGUUGAGCACCCCAUCACCGAGGCGGUCACGGGGCUUGAUCUCGUCGAGGCCAUGAUACAGAUCGCCGCCGACGGGGGCCAAGAGCUCUUCCGGAAAUAUCCCGACGGCGUGGUCCCCGUCACGGGCGUCGCCAUCGAGGCCAGGCUAUACGCCGAGGACCCAUCGCAGGGUUUCCGCCCCUGCGCCGGACGUGUCCUCGAGCUCGAGCUGCCGCUUUCCGACCUGCGGGUAGACACCUGGAUCUCCCGCGGCGCAGAGGUGUCGGCUUGUCAUGACCCGAUGCUGGCGAAGCUUAUUGCCAGGGGCAAGGACCGCCGCGAAGCAGUUGCGAGACUGGCCGAGGGCCUUGGCGCGACGAAAGUCGGCGGGAUCGAGACCAACCUUGAAUACUUGAAGCAGCUGGUUGCUUCCGCAAUGUUCCAGUCCGGGGACUACACGACACGGUCUCUCGAAGACUUCCGUUAUACUUCAGCGUCUUUCAGAGUAGUCGAGCCUGGCUGCCUGACGACGAUCCAAGACUGGCCCGGGCGGACUGGGUACUGGAACAUCGGAGUUCCUCCUUCUGGUCCCAUGGACGACUUGUCGUUCAGGAUUGCGAACCGCCUCGUUGGAAACCAACAGGGUUGUGCUGGGCUUGAGUGUACCAUGACAGGCCCAUCUCUGAUUUUCCACUGUGAUGCCAUUGUUGCCGUAGUUGGCGCGGUGGCCUCAGUUCACAUCGACGAGAAACAUGCGCCCAUGAACCAGGCACUCUGCGUCCCAGCGGGAAGCACCUUAAAGGUAGGCUCGGUGGAGUCGGGCGCUCGUUUCUACAUCGCUAUCCGUGGCGGUAUCGAUGUCCCCCUCGUCAUGGGCAGCCGUUCAACGUUCGAGCUCGGCCAGAUGGGAGGCUCCGCCGGCCGGAAGCUGCAGCGUGGAGACCUCAUAUCACUGCUAGACUCUUCCAAGCCCGGUAUCAUCGACGGUGGUUCUCUACCUGCCUCGCCACAGAUGCCGAUCCCCAGACAACCAGGCGCGGAGUGGACAAUAGGUGUUGUGCCAGGCCCCCACGGCGCACCGGAUUUCUUCACGGAGCAGGAUAUCAAUUCCCUUUUCGGGAGCAAGUGGACCGUCCACUACAACAGCAACCGCCUCGGUAUCCGUCUGAAGGGGCCGAGGCCGCAGUGGGCGAGGCAGCACGGCGGCGAGGCGGGCCUCCACCCAUCUAACAUCCACGACAGCCCGUAUUCGAUCGGGAGCGUCAGCUUCACCGGCGACGAUGCCGUCGUGCUCACGCGCGACGGGCCUAGUCUCGGUGGCUUCGUCGUAUUCUGUGUUGUUGCCUCGGCAGAGAUGUGGAAGCUGGGCCAGGUGAGGCCUGGCGAUUCCAUCAGGCUCCUGCCAGUCGCCACUGAGAAGGCCCUCGCGCUCAAUGCUGAGCUUUCUUCCUCCAUCGACCACCUCACCCCUCUGCCGGGCUUGACAUGGCCAGAACCCAAAACUACCACCCGCCCCACCGACCCAGUGAUCCUAGGCACGACUACACACCACAACAAGCAGAGGAUCCAGUUCCGACGGGCGGGCGAUUCCGCGCUGCUGCUCGAGUUCGGCGAAGCCAGCACCUUCAACCUCCGCCAGAGCUUCGAGAUCCUCGCCUUCGUCCGGCACCACCAGCACCGGCAGGCCAUACCGGGGGCCGAAGAGCUGACGCCCGGCGCCUGCACGCUCCACGUGAGGUUCUCCCCCCACAACACCUCGCACCAGACCAUGACGGACCGCCUCGCCAGGCACAUGCGGUCCUACGCCGUCCCGGGCCGGGUGCCCUCCCGCCGCGUCCGGCUCCCGCUCGCCUUCGACGACGCCGCCACCCGCGCGGCCGUCGCGCGGUACGCCGCCACGGUCCGCGCCGGCGCGCCCUGGGUGCCUAGCAAUGUCGACUUCCUCGCGCGGCUCAACGGCGUGGGCAGGGGUGUCCUGCGGGACGUCGUGGGGGGCUCCGAGUUCCUGGUCCUCGGCCUCGGCGACGUGUACCUGGGCUCGCCCUGCGCCGUGCCGCUUGAUCCCCGCCAUCGACUCUUCGGGACCAAAUAUAACCCCUCGAGGACGUUCACCCCGAAGGGGGCUGUCGGUAUCGGGGGGCAGUACAUGUGCAUCUACGCGGCCGAAUCUCCCGGUGGCUACCAGCUCGUAGGACGAACCGUCGACAACAUCUGGGCCCCCACAACAGGCGCGGGUCCCGCGGCAGGUGACCCGCAGCAGCAUUGCCUGUUCGACAUCUUCGACCGCAUCUCGUUCUACCCCAUCACCGAGGCCGAGCUCGACGCCGCCCGGUCAUCCGGGGCCCAGCGGGGGCUGGUCCGCAUCGAGGACGGCGUGCUGGACCUCGAGGCGCAUGAGGCCUGGGAGGACGCGCACCGCGGGGAGAUCGAGGCGUCCGCGGCCCAGAGGGACCGUGCGAUAAGGGCGGCUCCCUUCCUGGACGAGUUGAUCCGCCCCCGCGAGGAGGCGACUGCUACGAACGGCGCAUGCAGUCAGGACGGGCCGCCGGAUAAUGGAGAAGAGGGCCAGUUCGAUGGUUGCGAGAGGGUGGAGGCCGGUAUUCCGGGGCGGUGCUGGAGGCUUCUCGUCAAGGAAGGUGAGGCAGUGAAAGCAAGGUCGGUAUUGGCGAACCUGGAGUCCUGCAAGAUGGAUGUACAGAUCUUGAGUCCCGUUGAUGGUGUCUGUGUGAAGAUACUGGUGAAUGAAGGGGCUGUUGUCGACGCCCAUGAUACCCUGAUGCUAGUUCGACCUCACUCUGAACAGAAGCCACAGGACAUUUGAUAUAUCUACAGGCUAGAGAGGGAUACGCCAGUGGCAUUAAUCAUCCAUGAGAGAUCGCAAAUUGCACCAGCAUCUAAUUUUGGGUGGUUUCGCUUGUAUUCCGUAUGAUGUCGAUAACUGUAGUUAAAAAUUACGAUAGGUGCUUGUGGCCUCAGCCUUGCGACAGCACAGACAAGGCUAAAGGGCACCGUCUUGACGAAGUAAACCCGUCCCCCAUAUGCACGCAACACUCUCUAUUCAGCCCUCACCUGCUCCAACCCGUGUGCACCUCGGAGACUUUUACGAGACACUGCCACAGCCGCUAAUCCUCCGAGACACACUCGCGCGGUGAAAGCCGCACCGCCGAGCCAGAGAAUCUUAAAAGGGAGGCGCCGCUGCCAGAACCAUGGCCGAAAUGCACAAGUAAGACGCACGAACACGGGCAUUACGGUGAGCGAGCAGCUGGCCGCUAUGUGCGCCUUCUUCCACCUCGGCGGCAGUGGCUCGGCCUGAGCUGCAGUGUGUAUUUCACCGUGGUCCCAGAUGCCGUCGUAUGCAGGCACGGGGCCAGUUGGGAUCUUGUGCUGGUCCUUUGCGAUGGCAGCGUGGGCCCAGUCCCCGGAUUUGGUAGCACAAUACCAGACAGCGGCCCAGAAUGCGGAAAUCCCGCAGGUGUUCAGAGUUCUCGGGUAUCCAAUAUAGUGUUGGCGGAUGCGGUGGUGCCAUAGACCGUCGGAGGCCAUCCCGAUGAUGGUCAAGAAUUGCAUUGUUCUCUUAAUCUCUGCAGGUGAGUCCGACGAUUUGGUCUUCUGGGGGCCGGAACCCGGCUUCUCGUCAUCGAGUGAAUUCGACCUUGUUCCAGACAUUGCAACUCUGUGGACUCAAGGGACCACGAUGGUGGGUUGGCGCCUGAGGGGAUUUGAAUUAUUGCAGAUGUCAACACGGGGCGUCUCCUGCGCGAAUAAAGUUCUUGGUGGGCAGAAUUGUGGCAGAAAGACCGACUUGAAGUCCGUUGUCCAGGUAACUACCUGGUAUUGAAACGAACAAGAUCUCGCACUGGCAAACAUCAAUGGGGUCAGCAAACGUCAGCCACGGUUUU